AUGGCCGAAUCGCGACACGUCGGGCAGCGCGUGUCCUACAGCGGUGCCCUGUGCACGGUGCGGUACGUCGGCCGAGUCGAGGGCACAGAGGGCUCCUGGCUCGGCGUCGAAUGGGACGACGCCACCCGUGGCAAGCACGAUGGCUCUCACAAGGGCGUGCGCUACUUCACCUGCCUCUCAAAGUCGGCCACGGCCGCGUCGUUUGUGCGCCCGACGCGGCCCGCGGACUCGCCGCAGAGCUUCAUCGCCGCGCUGCACGACAAGUACGUCGCCCACGAUCCGCAGGGCGGUGAAGAUGGCACGGCACUGGAGCAGGCUCGGCAGAUCAUCAUCUCGGGCAAGGUGGCCGAGGAGAAGGGCUUCGACAAGGUCCGCCGCAAGCUCGCCCAGGUGGGAGAGCUCAAGAUUGUGAUCCUCGACGGGCUGCGCGUGGCGAGCGCGGUGGCAUCUGACGAGAGGAGCGUUGCAGAGACAUGCCCGAGCAUCGUGCACCUGGAUCUGAGCAGGAAUCUGCUUGAGCGGCUGGGGCCUGUCGUCGAGGUGUGUGGCGAGCUCAGCAACCUCCAGCGGCUGAGCAUCAACGGCAACCGAUUUCAGCAUAUCUUGAGCGACAAGUCUCUCGACCGUGCCGAGGCUGCGUUUCGGGGUGUGACGGAGCUUGCUCUCGGCGAGACGCUGCUGAGCUGGGAGGAGCUCUGCUACGUCGCCGUCCGAUGCCCUUCUCUCACGACCCUCGCCGUUGGGGCGAACCAGCUCUCUAUACUGCCCGAGGUAGACUUUGGCAGCCUCACGAGCACUCUGACCUCCAUCAACCUCGAGUACAACGACUUCACAGCCAUAUCCGACCUCGGCUGCCUCGCCUCCCUCACGGCCCUCCGCAACCUGCACCUCAAGGGCAACGGCAUCAAAGAAAUGACGGCCGCCAACGCAUCUACACCAAUUUUCCCACAUUCACUCAAAUAUCUCGACGUGUCGUACAACAGCAUCGAAGAAUGGUCCUUUGUCGACGGGCUAGCCACGCACUUCCCGGGGCUCACAGGCCUACGCCUCGCCCACAACCCGGUUUACGACGCGCAGCGGGACGUCGACACGAAGACGGCGUCGUCGUCCGAGGAAUCGCACAUGUUCACCAUUGCGCGCCUCGCGGGGCUCAAGAGCGUCAACUUCACGCACAUCCAGCACGCGGACCGCACCAACGCAGAGAUGUUCUACCUCUCGCGCAUCGCGCGCCAGCUCGCCGCCGUGCCCGAGGGCGCCGAGCACACCGUCCUGGCGCAGCACCCGCGGUGGGCAGAGCUCUGCGGCCUGUACGGCGAGCCGGACGUGGUGCGCCGCAGCGAGGUGAACCCGUCGUUCCUCGAGGCGCGGCUAGUCACCGUGGGGUUUCACUACCAGGAUGACGCCGGAACACUGAGGAAGAAGACGACGCGCAUACCGCGGUCGUUUGACAUUUAUGCCGUCAAGGGGAUCGCUGGAAAGCUAUUCGGCGUGCCCCCGCUGAGGGUGCGUCUGGUAUGGGAGACGGGGGAGUGGGAUCCCGUGGCGCGGUACGACGAACGGGACGGCGAGAGCAGCGACGAGGACGACGACGAUGACGACAUGGUUGUCGAAACGCCGCCGGAGGACAGCGAGGACUAUUCAAAGGAAAAGUCCGGGAGAUGGGUCAAGCGAGAAGUUGAGCUAAGAGACGGGCCGAAGCAGCUGGGCUACUGCGUCGACGGCCAGGACGUGAACAUUCGCGUCGAGAUCACGCAGAGCCCGACGACCACAACGUAA